GACAACGAUUCAGAGAGCAAGACAUGUGGCAAAAUCCUCGUCGUACUGUCAUGGGUCCUGGUGGUAAUGACCAUGCCUAUAUCUCUCCUCAUCUGCUUCAAGGUGGUGCAGGAGUACGAGCGGGCCGUGAUCUUUCGCCUCGGCCGGCUGCUCUCUGGGGGGGCGAAGGGGCCGGGCAUAUUCUUCAUUUUGCCCUGUAUCGAUACGUACGCCCGGGUGGACCUCCGGACGCGAACUUACGACAUCCCCCCGCAGGAGGUGUUAACUAAGGACUCGGUGACAGUAUCCGUGGAUGCGGUGGUUUACUACCGUGUACACAACGCCACCAUCUCCAUAGCUAACGUUGAGAACGCCCACCACUCCACACGCCUCUUAGCGCAGACGACUCUCCGCAACACAAUGGGCACGCGGCCGCUGCACGAGAUCCUCAGCGAGCGCGAGACUAUAUCCGGCAACAUGCAAAUCUCGCUGGACGAGGCCACGGAGGCCUGGGGCAUCAAGGUCGAACGGGUUGAGAUCAAGGACGUCCGCCUGCCCGUGCAGCUGCAGCGCGCCAUGGCUGCCGAGGCUGAGGCCGCUCGCGAGGCCCGCGCCAAGGUCAUCGCGGCCGAGGGCGAGCAGAAGGCCUCGCGGGCGCUGCGAGAAGCCUCUGAGGUCAUCGGAGAUAGUCCGGCUGCCCUGCAACUUCGGUAUCUGCAGACAUUAAACACAAUAUCGGCGGAAAAGAACUCAACUAUCGUUUUCCUCUUCCGAUCGAUCUCUUAACGUAUUUCAUAAAGGCAAAGGAGGAACCUAUGUAAUGACACUUUAG